AUGUUCGGCGCAGCGCAGCUCAAGUCGCAAGUGCAGGCGCAGCACCACACCAACCCCGUUAUAGACUUCCUUCUUGAAACGCAAGAAGCGAUUCGACUAGCUCUUAGAGCCGUGUACCUGAUGUUUCUUUUCCUGCCCGCGAUCUUGACCGGCCCGUUUGCGGACAUGGCGGGAGGGCGGUUCCGGCAGCAGUGGCUAGAGCUGGUUCAUAAGACGCUAGAGUGCGCGGGGGCAGCGUUCAUAAAGUGGGGUCAGUGGGCGGCGACGCGGCCCGACUUAUUUCCGAAAGACAUGUGCGCGCAGCUGUCGAAGCUGCACACGAAGGCGCCGGCGCAUCCGUUCAAGACGACGCAGCGCAUCGUGGAGCGCGCGUUCGGACGGCGAUUGGAGGAGAUGUUCGACGAGUUUGACGAGGAACCCGUGGCAUCGGGGAGCAUUGCGCAGGUGCAUCGCGCGGUGCUGACGAGCCGCUAUCCGCGCGCGGAGCCGAAGAUGGUGGAGGCGCCGCGCAUGGUGGCGGUGAAGGUGCGGCACCCGGGCGUGCGCGAGGUGAUCCACCGCGACUUCGUCAUCAUGAACUGGGUCGCGCGUGCCACGAGCCUCGUGCCGGGCCUGCAGUGGCUGCGCCUCGAGGACAGCGUGCAGCAGUUCGCGGUCUUCAUGAUGGCGCAGGUGGAUCUGGCCCGUGAGGCGGCUCAGCUGAGUCGAUUCAACUACAACUUCCGCCGAUGGCGCAGCAUCAGCUUCCCCAAGCCGCUUUACCCGCUCGUGCAUCCCGAGGUGCUCGUGGAAACGUUCGAGUCCGGGCAGAGCGUGUCUCGGUACGUGGAUCGGACCGAACCUGGCGGCGUGGUUGGGCCGGAGGGCAAGGGAGCGUGGCUCGCCGCCGAAGCUGAGAAGGCUGCAGCUGAUGCUGCCGCCGCUGCUGCUGCAGGAGUGGCGGGGGGAAGAGUAGGAGGGAGCAAUUCGGAGAGUGGGGUUGAUGACAAGAGAAUAGCAGCAGCCAGCGCAAAGGAAGGCAGGCCGGAGGGCGGGGAGGGCGUGACAGGAGAUAGGGAAGGGGGAGGGGCAGAGAACGUUGAUGAUGAUCCCAAGGCAAAGAAGAAGCGGCGGUGGUUGGUGCGGGGCCGGCCGUUCAAGCAGUGGUGGGAGAAGCGGGCAGGGAACAAACUCAACAUGGAGCUGGCGGAACUCGGCUCACACACGCUUCUCAAAAUGCUCCUUGUAGACAACUUCAUACACGCGGAUCUGCACCCGGGGAACAUUCUCGUGCGCAUGCAGCGCGGGCAUUUGCCGUCGGCGCCUGAGGAAGGGGUGGGGCUGUCGCUGAGCUCCCACCCGCACAUUGUGCUGCUGGAUGUGGGCAUGACUGCGGAGUUGGAACCGAGGUUUAGAGCGAAUAUGCUGGAGUUCUUCAAGGCCAUUGCGGUUAGAGAUGGCCGGCAGGCUGCGGCGUGCACGUUGAAAUUCGCGGACAAGCAGAGCUGCGCCGACCCCGACGCAUUCAUUCAGGACGUGGACAACUCGUUCAAGGAGUGGGACGCCACUGGAUUGCGCAUACCAACGGGUGACUGCAUGCAAGACCUGCUGGAACAUGUGCGAAGGCAUCGGGUGAACAUUGAUGGGAAUGUGUGUACUGUGAUUAUCACCACCCUUGUGCUCGAGGGAGGCACGCUGAGGAUCCGGGAGGUGUGGGCGGAUAAUCUGGAGGAGGAGUUUGAGAUGAUUCGCGAGAUAGUGGAUGAGUAUCCGUACGUGGCCAUGGAUACGGAGUUCCCAGGGGUUGUGGUCAGGCCAGUCGGGACGUUUCGCAGCAGCGCGGAGUACCAUUACCAGACCUUGCGCGUGAACGUGGACAUGCUGAAGCUUAUUCAGUUAGGGUUGACGUUCACGAACGAGGAUGGUAUGCUUCCUCAUUUCGGUCAGAACGAGUACUGCGUCUGGCAGUUUAAUUUCCGGGAGUUCAAUCUUAUGGAGGACAUUUACGCGCAGGACUCGAUCGAGCUUCUGAAGCAGAGCGGCAUCGAUUUCAACAUGAACCAGGAGAGAGGGAUUGAUUCGUUCCGUUUCGGGGAGCUUAUGAUUCCGUCAGGCGUUGUCCUUAACGAGAACGUGAACUGGAUAACGUUUCACAGCGGCUACGAUUUCGGGUACCUUCUUAAGGUGCUGACGUGUCAGAACCUUCCGAGCAAUGAAGCAGAUUUCUUCAACCUCCUCCGCACAUACUUUCCUACCAUCUACGACAUUAAGUACCUCAUGAAGUUCUGCACCCCUCUGCUGCUGCUAGCUUGGCUGCUUCCUGAAGGAGUCCGACCCAGCACCUCUUCUGCUGCUGAUGACAGGCGGUGGCUUGUAGCGUACGGCAAGAGUGUCUCUUCCGUGGAGAGCGAGACGAAGUAG